AUGUCAAAAAGCUCGAGAUUUAAUUGUAUAGCUGUUGACGAUAGUCUCGCAAGCGAGCAAGCGUUCUUGUGGUACCUAGAAAAUUACCACAGAACAGAAGAUACUCUUCUUAUUAUUCAUAUUCAUUGUAUGCCUCCUAUGCCAACGUCAUCAUCAGUUUGCGAAGAUUUUAAUUCCACUCAAAAUUAUUACAAGAUUGUUGAAGCAAGCAUUACAAAUAGUAAAAGAGUUUUAGAAAAGUUCCAAACUUUGUGCGAAAAAUUAUCAAUUAAAUAUAAAGUCGUGUUGGGAGAUGACUCUUAUUUUCCAGGUUACAUGAUUUGCGAGUUGAGCAUAGAACACAACGCAAGCGUUAUAAUUGUUGGAACUCGAGAGCAGAGCGAAAAAUCGAAUACAUAUCUUGGAUCAAUAACAUAUUAUCUUCUUCACAAUGGUCGCAUUCCAGUUGUUACUAUUCCAGAAAUUAAAAAUUAA